GGNGCGCGUGCCCCCCCCCGAAGGGCUCAUGCGUUCGAUGGGGAGCAUAAGCCACAGCCAGGGCCCACCCGAAGGUUUAAUGCGCUCCAUGGGCAGCAUAAACCCUAACCCGAACCAGGGUUUGUCCGAGGGUUUGGUCCGCUCAAUGGGCGCGUUAACCCCCAACCAGGGCUUGGCUCGGACCAACAGCGGACCCUUUGAUUUCCAGGGGGAUCCCCUUCGUGCUCCCCUCUCCCGGCGCACAAGCAGCACUCCCACUGGGUUUCUGGGGAGGGAGGACGGCCCGGGCCCGCAAUCGGGCGGAAACUCCGCUGCUCCCCCGAGCCUGUUCACGCAGUACCGCGAACAGGGUCCUUGGCUGUCCCCAGAGGACCAGAAGGAAAUGUUCCGUCACGAGCAGUCAAAGAUGUAUGAGGAUCGCGUGGUUUUGGAGCGGGCUUUGCGGGCGCAGCAGCUGGGGCGGCAGCUCUCAGGCGGGUUCGAUGGGGGUCCCAACGAGGGGCGUGGCGGGAUGGACCCGGAAAUGGCGGGCCGGUUUGCGCAGGCGGGCCACUUUCGGCCGGAGCUUGCGGGGGGGUACAACCAGAACCCACUGGAUUAUGCGCGCUUCCCUUCGGUCCAGCAGCAGCAGCAGCAGCGGCAGCAUGCCCAGCAGGCGCAGUCACAGCAGCACCCCUCGGCACGUCCCCAGUUCUCGGAGGCGGCGCCAGGGCCGCCAACGCCUCCCGCAAGCGAAACAGUGUCACCAAGUCCAGAAGACUUCCAAGAGUACAGCCCGUUUGGCGGCCAGCCUUCGCUCUUCAAGGAGAACUCCGGCAAGUCCAUCUGGUAAAGUGGGGGCCUGGAUCGCCAGGACAGCGCCGGGGUGGGGAAUACUUCUAGCGAUGGAGCUUUCCGUUUUGGGGGCUGGCUCGGGGGGUCUUUUGUGGCGGACGCCGGUCGCUCUUCGUAGAGGCUACUAGGAAGAGGGCCCGGCUUGGGGGCAAGUCAUUUUCGAAGGACGUUUCAGGCUCGUCAAAUGUGCAGGGGGGCAGACGGGGUUGCAAGACCCCUAGAAGCAUAGUCUGUAGUACCAUACGCAGGGAUGCCGUAGUGCAGCUAGGGUCACGUGCACCGUCGCGAGAGUUACGGAGGAGGGCUGGGCGCUGCAUGCUUCGAUCACCUCCAAUUGCCUAGCGGAGACAGGUCGUGGAAGGCCCCGCUGGCCUUGGGGGCGCGCUGUUUUGAGCUUCUGACAGGGGCGCUGGUCAAUAGGAACUCGACUAAUCGUUAAGAAGUUUAGACGUGCGCAUACAUGCGAAGCAUCUAUGCAGGCUAGUGUAAGGUCGGCCCUGGCUUUUAGGUCAUCGCCAAGAAAACUGCAUUGCAUGUUCCGUGGUGGAGGACGGUCCAAAUUGGAUUGCGCUUAGAUCGUUGCUUAUCAGAAAUAAUACGGUUGGGUCGAGCAUGUGGGAGUCCCUCUUGUAGCCUAACGCAAUACAGCACAACGACGACACAAUCCACCGGUGUUCUUGAGCUGCGCAACCCAAGCCGCUGUCGGACAAUAACGAGAGUGGUAGGCUUAACCCAGGUACGGUCACCCAACAUAUGUUGUCGAAACACUAGUCUCCUAUCCGGCAACGUUGACUCCGUUUUUAUUAGGACUAGUUACUUUGGCACGACGAUUCACACGGUCCAACUGUUAUGAGUCCCUUUUGCUUCGAGUUUUACCGAUAUUUGCC